ACCACGAGCGGUGCACAAAAGCCUAACACGUAACAAUUUCCACACACUAAUACUGUCACACAUUUGAAAUUUUUUUAUGUUUUAUUUUUUUUAACUAAAUUACAUUUGAUUCAAUGUGAGGGCCUCAAAAUUGGACUUAUCCUUCAUGAAUUUGCACUCCCAAUUACACGCAGCAUUAAUUCCACCCAACUACCUUUUCUAUUUCUUUUCCCCAAAUAAUUCUAACUUUUACUCCAAAUUAAAUUAAAUCGCACCACAAUUUUUUCCUAUAUAAACCCCAUCACCACACACCCAAAAUCAUCUCACUCAUCAACAUUUUCCUUCACUGAAAAAAAAAAUUUAUAUCACAUCGAUCAUGGCUGCAAUGACCAAGGCAAUGUGCGUGGCCCUCAUCGCCGCCGUGAUGGUGGCGGCGGCCGCACCGGGUGCCGAGGCGGCGCUAGGCUGCGGCUCGGUGAUCUCAUACUUGUCACCGUGCCUCCCAUAUGUGACCAACAGAGGCCCACUUGGCGGGUGCUGCAAUGGAGUUAAGGGACUGUACGGCGCCGCCCGGUCCACCCCCGACCGCCAGGCGGCAUGCAACUGCCUGAAAUCCCUCGCCGCCACCUCCGGCAACAUCAACCUCAGCAAGGCCGCCGGACUUCCUAAGCAAUGCAAUGUUAACAUCCCCUACCAGAUUAGCCCUUCCACUGACUGCACUAAGGUGAGGUGAAUUUGAAUUUGGAGGAGACCAUUUUGCAGGAGGAGUCUACGUUGUGUUUGUUACAGAAUAAAUAUUAUGAUCAGUAAAAAUAAAUAGUUUUUGGGGCCCAGUGGGCUAGUUCUAUUUUACCGUGGGGUAAAAAAGUAAAACUUUCCCAUCACUGUUAGUUCUGUAUUGAGUCGGUUUCUUAAUUUAUCGAGUCAGUGAAAUCCGUCUGCGUUUAUGUAUUCUCAUCGAGAUAUAUGGAGUAUUUUAAUUUACAGUGCUA